AUGGAUCCACCAGCUCCAACAUAUGUAGGUUCAGACGUAACACCAUCACUUAAGAGAAACUCGAAUGGUAUCGGUUGGGAAUAUGAGAUUGUGUGUAAUCCAAAGAAUCCAGAUAGGAUUAAAUGCAAGUUGUGUUUGAAAGAGAUGUCUGGAGGAGUGUAUCGGAUUAAAGAACACAUUGCCCACCUCCCAGGAAAUGUUGUUGCAUGUCCGAAAAGCUUGAAGAUGAAUAAGUUUGCAACAUAUAUUCAUCCUGAAGCUCGUGUUGGUACACAAAUAAGACAACAGAACAUCAAUAUUGUGCAAGAUGGAUGUAUUGUGCAAGAUGGAUGCAUCAAUAAGGAGGAACAAGAAAGACCUAAAGUGCUCUUAAAGACUCAAAAGGCAGGAUGGAAACAAAACGGUGUCAUGACUGAUGCAUGGAGCGACAUGAAAAGAAGGAGCAUAAUGAAUCUAUGUGUUAAUUCUAAGGGAGGAAAAUGUUUUCUGUCUUCUAAAGACGCUUCCACAAAUUCUCACACAGGGCUAUACAUCUUUGAGUAUGUUGAUCGAUGCAUUGCAGAUGUUGGUGCGAAGAAUGUUGUUCAAGUGGUUACAGAUAAUGCGCUCAAUAAUGUUACAGCAGCGAAGAUGCUUAAAGAAAAGAGGCCAAAUAUUUUUUGGACAGGUUGUGUUGCUCAUACGGUUGAUCUGAUGCUUGAAGCCAUUUCUAAGCUGCCUAAAAUGGGAAAAAUGCAAACAUUCGGCGACUACAAAGGGGAAAACUUGUUUCUUAACCGUUAUGAGUCCUGCGUUUUGGAGUGGUGUGAUGUUUGUGUUGAAGAUUUUGGACCUUUAAUGAAAUUGCUAAGACUAGCUGAUGGAGAAAACAAGCCUUUCGUGGGUUUUAUUUUUGGAGAGCUCCUAGAAGUAAGAAAUAAGAUUACGAUCGCUUGUAAUAAUCUGGAGAGGAAUUACAAACCAAUAUUCGAUAUCAUUGAUGAGAAAAUGAAAGGGAGACUUGACUCUUGGAAUUGGUGGUCAUUAUAUGGUUGUCAUGUGCCUACUUUGCAAAGAUUAGCAAUAAAGAUUCUCUCUUUAACACCUAGCUCAUCUAGUUUUGAACGUAAUUGGAGUGCUUUUGAAGGGCCAAGCGAAAGAGAUGAAGAGCCUAAUGGUGAGCCUGUUUACCAAACUCCAAAUGAGAAACCUAGAGAAGAUCUUGAAUCUCAUGAAGAGCAUGAUAUCACUAUUGAUAUUGAAUUUGAAUCAGAUAAUGAGCAGGUGGUGAAUGUGGAUGUGAUCAGAGGACAAGAAGUUUAG